GCCCACAUCUUUCCGUUUGUAGCGAUCGGACAGCAGCACUUGGGUUGUUUUGGCUUUUUUUCUUCUUUUUGAAACAGACUGUGUGAGGAUUGUGAGCGCAGCUUCCACAAGAAGCUGGAUUCUCCUCUCAGCCAUCUUGACUGCCGCUCGCCGCCCUGAAGGCUGUUUUCUCUCCUCCUCCUGCUCCUCCUCAGCUCAAAGUAAACACGGCUUGCACAUUGCUUGCAACUCCGUGCAAGAUCCCGAGAGGAGCGAGAUGGGCUCGCCGCGCAACGUCUAACCGGACCGGAGGCGAAAGCAGACGGCUGAGAGGAUUUAUUGCUGUUUGUAUCAGAGCAGAAGAGAGGGGACACGACGCGCCGGAGAGAUGGACCUGUUUGGGAUUUACCUGCUCCUCUCACUCGCUCUCCUUCCCCGAUCCAGCUGCACCACGGCCAAGGAGAUCACCUGCCAGGAGAUCGCCGUGCCGCUGUGUAAGGGGAUCGGCUACAACUACACCUACAUGCCCAACCAGUUCAACCACGACACGCAGGACGAGGCGGGACUGGAGGUGCACCAGUUCUGGCCUCUGGUUGAGAUCCAGUGUUCGCCGGACCUGAAGUUCUUCCUGUGCAGCAUGUACACACCGAUCUGCUUGGAGGACUACAAAAAACCUCUCCCGCCGUGCCGGAGCGUGUGUGAGAGAGCCCGGGCUGGCUGUGCGCCCCUCAUGAGGCAGUACGGCUUCCCCUGGCCGGACAGGAUGAAGUGUGACCUGCUGCCGGUUCAGGGCAACCCGGACACGCUGUGCAUGGACUACAACAGAACCGACUCCACCACGGUCUCCCCGGUGCUCUCCAAACCCACCAACCACCCCGGUAAGGGUUACAACCCGCCUAAAAAUAAGCCUGGCAGACCCGGCGCGCCUGGGAAAUACAAGCCGCCCUCCGCUCCGUGUGAGCCGGGCUGCAAGUGUCUGGAGCCCAUGGUGCCGGUGAACACGGACCGACACCCGCUUUACAACCGCGUCAAGACCGGACAGAUCUCCAACUGCGCCAUGCCGUGCCACAACCCCUACUUUACGCACGACGAGAGAGCGUUCACCGCGUUUUGGAUAGGACUUUGGUCCGUGUUGUGCUUCGUGUCAACUUUUGCCACCGUCGCCACUUUUCUCAUCGACAUGGAGCGCUUCAAGUACCCGGAGAGACCCAUCAUCUUCCUGUCGGCGUGCUACAUGUUUGUUUCCAUCGGCUACAUUGUCAGACUGAUCGCCGGCCACGAGAAGGUGGCGUGUAACCGGGAGUUCGACCUGGAGCACAUCCACUACGAGACCACCGGCCCUGCGCUCUGCACCGUGGUCUUCCUGCUUAUUUACUUUUUCGGCAUGGCCAGCUCCAUCUGGUGGGUCAUCCUGUCUCUGACCUGGUUCCUCGCCGCCGGGAUGAAGUGGGGCAACGAGGCGAUCGCCAGCUACUCGCAGUACUUCCACCUGGCCGCCUGGCUCAUCCCCAGCAUGAAGUCCAUCGCGGUGCUGGCGCUGAGCUCCGUGGACGGAGACUCGGUGGCUGGCAUCUGCUACGUGGGGAACCAGAACUUGGACAACCUGCGGGGCUUCGUCCUCGCCCCUUUGGUGAUUUAUUUAUUCAUAGGCACUAUGUUCCUCCUGGCGGGAUUUGUGUCGCUCUUCAGGAUUCGCAGCGUCAUCAAGCAAGGUGGCACCAAAACCGACAAACUGGAGAAGCUCAUGAUCAGAAUAGGUAUUUUCACCGUCCUCUACACGGUGCCAGCGACCAUUAUAGUCGCCUGUUACUUUUACGAGCAGCACAACAGGCAGAGCUGGGAGAUUACGCACAACUGCUCCGACUGUUUAUUAGAGCGGGACCGCAGGACUCCGGACUAUGCAGUUUUUAUGUUGAAGUACUUUAUGUGCCUUCUUGUGGGCAUCACGUCCGGGGUGUGGAUCUGGUCUGGGAAAACUUUGGACUCUUGGAGGACUUUCUGCACCCGCUGCUGCUGGGGCAGUAAAGGCACCAGCGGCUCCAUGUACAGCGACGUGAGCACCGGACUGACGUGGAGGUCGGGCACGGCCAGCUCCGUGUCUUGCCCCAAGCAGAUGCCAUUGUCCCAGGUUUGAAUGGCAAAAAAAAAAAAAAGCAGCUUAUGUGGACUGCUAAUUGUUUGGGAGAUAACCCAUCACUCUGUCUCCAGCGAUUUGCAUAGUAAUGAACUGCUGCUGAGGUGUCCCCUCUCCACCCACACACACCUCUGUGGGGAGAACUGCUUGAAACAAGUCAUUCACACAGGUUAUCUCCCUCCUCCCUCCCUCCCUCUAUCUCCUGUUUAUAUGUAUUAGAGGUACAGUCUGAGGCUUUUUACGCAAACUGGGCAUUACUUGCUUCAAGGCAGAGACACAGUUUUUGGGGAUUUUAUUACCAUUUUAUCUACAUAGUGCCAGAUAACAUUGUAUAAUUCAAUCACAUCAAAGAUGGUUUAAAUUAAGCCUUAAUAGUGCCCAAGUAUUUUACGGGUCAUUCUUUUUUUUUUUUUUUGUAAUUUCAAAUGUAUUUAUAUAAAAGUUCUGUAAAAACGUGUACAUUUGUGUAUAAAAGAAAACUUUAUAAGAUAUUGUAAAUUUGUACAAAGUGUAGAUGUCUCUUUUUGUGAGAAAAGCAAAUAUGACCUCUAUUUUGACAAUAAAACAUUUGAUAAAUCUGAA